AUGAUGGUCAGUGACAUGAUAGCUGAACUCUCUCUCUCUCUUUUCUUACUCUUCACUGCUCUCUCUCUCUCUCUCUUUUCUUACUCUUCACUGCUCUCUCUCUCUCUCUUUUCUGACUCUUCACUGCUCUCUCUCUCUCUCUUUCCUGACUCUUCACUGCUCUCUCUCUUUUUUCUUACUCUUCACUGCUCUCUCUCUUUUUUCUUACUCUUAACUGCUCUCUCUUUUUUCUUACUCUUCACUGCUGUCUCUCUCUUUCUCUCUUUCCUUACUCUUCACUGCUGUCUCUUUCUUUCUCUCUUUCCUUACUCUUCACUGCUGUCUCUUUCUUUCUCUCUUUCCUUACUCUUCACUGCUGUCUCUCUCUUUCUCUCUUUCCUUACUCUUCACUGCUCUCUUUUGGAAGCUAUUUUACAAAAUAGUUCUAGUUUAAUAAAAGCCAUGAAUGGCUGA